UGAUUGGUUAGUAAUAUUAGGUUAGGUUUCGUUAAACACUCACUAUUUUUAUUCAGGUUAGAUCUGUAACACGUGUGUUUAUUAAAAAUUCUUUUACUAUAAAUUUAUAGAAAAUAAAAAGAAUAUUAGAUACACUAUGUCUAAGCGUCCAGAACAUAUGGCACCACCUGAGGUGUAUUAUAAUGAAACAGAAGCAAAGAAGUAUACGCAAAGCUCCCGUAUGAUAGAUAUCCAAGUACAAAUGUGUGAACGUGCUAUAGAACUUCUUCUUCUACCCGAGGAUCAGAGCUGUUUACUUUUGGAUGUUGGUUGCGGAUCAGGCCUUAGUGGUAGCGUAUUGGAAGAUCAGGGACACUUAUGGAUAGGAGUUGAUAUCUCUUCAUCUAUGCUUGAGGUAGCUAAUGAUAGAGAAACAAAUGGCGAUUUGAUCUUAGGAGAUAUGGGUCAAGGACUACCGUUUAAGGCUGGUGCAUUUGACGGUGCUGUCAGUAUCUCUGCGCUACAGUGGUUAUGCUAUUCAAACAAAGCUUCACACAAUCCUAUAAAGCGUUUGUAUAAUUUCUUCUCUACGUUAUUUGCAUGCCUGUCAAGAAGUGCCAGGGCAGUAUUACAGUUCUAUCCAGAGAAUAGUGAACAAGUUGAAUUAAUUACUGCACAAGCUACAAAAGCAGGCUUUUUUGGUGGUGUAAUUGUCGAUUUUCCAAACAGUACAAAAGCGAAAAAAAUGUUCUUAGUUUUAAUGACUGGGGGAGCUGCGCCACUCCCAAAAGCACUAGGUACAGAGACUGAAGAUAGACAAACCAUUGCUAACUCCAAAAGGGAAUAUAUUAAAAAAGCCAGAGAUAAUAAAUCAUUGAAAAAAAGUAGAGAAUGGAUAAUAGAAAAGAAAGAAAGGAGACGACGACAAGGAAAACAAGUGAGAGAUGAUACUAAAUAUACUGGGCGAAAAAGAUCUGGACGAUUUUGAGAUAUGCUUGUAAUGUAUAAAAUAUUUUAAAAAUUUUGAUUUAGUUAUAUUUAUAAAUAAUAAAGUUUAUAUAAAAACUAA